GGCUGCCGAGGGAGGCAGAGGAGACCCAGUGGCGAUGUGAGAUGCAGGCAGAAGUGGCUGGGGAAGGCAGACGCGAAGCAUGGCCGUGCUCAUCCCACCUCGGGGCCCUCUCUCUCCAGAAGCAGGCUGUUGGAGUGAAGCCGCCCAGAACACUUAGCGCUGGGAAUGGAACUGGGAUGGAAAGGAGUUUGGCUGGUUUCCCGUACUGGAAAAUCCCUCAUUUCCAUUUCUCAUGCGAUUUCCGGACGGGCUGCUGGGGCACUGCUCCUGUGCCCCGGGCAUGGGGCGCUGACUCCAAAGGAAAUGGGCUUAAGUGUAAAGAUGGAGGUUCCUUGUCUUUGAAGCUGCCUCAUCCCCCCAAAAGCUUCCUCCCUGACAUUUCCUCAGUCUGGUCUUCCCCUCUCCUACUGUAGGAGACCCGGGAACUGCUGUGAAAGACAAAGAUCCAAAUGGUUUUCAGGAGCACUGCUAAAGACGUGUGAUUCCUCCUUGGAAGGAGAAGCUGCCCCUGUUCUCCAGAACAUCUGUACCCCAGAAAGCUCCCAGCUCAGGGCGAAGAACAGCUCGAGUCACCGGGACGUUCUCCCCUGUGACGGUGGAUGACUCGAUAGAGGUGUCCCAGUGCCCCCUGCGUACGAACAAUAGACUGAGCGGUGAAACUCGUGGAAGGCCAUGAAGCACUAAACCCUGCCCAACGAGCCUGCAGAACGAGCGCACAAUGCUUAAAGCUACAUUACUGCAGCCUUGUCUCCAACCUCAGCCUAGCCGCGUCGGGUCCAGUGACAGGAGCCACUGUGCUUAUGGCUUUGGGACCCUAAAGGUGGACCCAGCAGAGAGCUAUGGCCGCUUGGUUCUGCAGCAGGAGGAAGAGAAGGAAGAGCACCAAAGGCGCCAGCCGACUGGAGCCCUUUACCCUUUUAACCCGAAGGAGCGGGAGGAAAAGACUGAAUUGUCGGGAGGAAAAUGGAGAGAGCGUCUCCAGCAGGAGAGCUGGAAUAUCAACGGAGACGUGCUGGCGCCCAGAUUCAACAGCUCUGGCGUGGCAUCCACUGGUGGGUACCCGGCUACCAGAAAGGCCCUGAGGUCUGCUCCAGAGCUGCUUCCUUCUGCGGCAAGCGCUGACCCCAGCCACGAAUGGAAAGUGGUGAAGGUGAAACGAGUCCUCAUUUCCCCUGCCGGCCAGCCACGGAAAGCAAAUCUGUCCCGGAGUGCCAGCUUCUCAGAGAAGGAGCUGAAAGAGGCUAAAGCCAGGAGCCAGAAAAUCGCAGCCCAGCUAACAAACCCACCCAGCUCCAACUCCAAAGGCGUGCUGCUCUUCAACAGGCGCAAGCAGAGAGUGAAUGAGUUCACUUUGGAAAGUGCCGGGAGGAGAGGAGAGGGAGCAGUCGCAAGAGGCAGCCCAGGAGCUCCACAGCGCAGCAUCCGAAACCCUGGGAAACUGUGGCAUUUGAAAGAGACGUCAGACGGCAGCAAAGAACUGAAGGAAUCACUUGGCCCGGAAGACCCUGGAGCGAAGAUCUUUAAAAGCAACAUGGAAGGACACGAGGAGAGGCCCCACCUAGAGGAAACACCGUCCCUGCCAAAAAGUGAAGUCAAAAGCGAGGAGACCCUCCCCCAAACCUACCCGGCGCCAUCACACAAGGCAUCUCCAAAUGGAGACAUACAGCAGGUCCCUCUAACUAUCUACCUAAGGGAGAACAUAAAGGUGUCAUCAACCAACGGAGUGCAUGAGCCGAGCGCCAAUGGGCAUGAAUGCACCCCAGUGAAUGACAGUGAGAACAACGUACUGGUUUGCAGCAAGGAGCAGACUGCCUUAGUGACUGACAAGGAGAAGAAUGGAGAGGUUAUCAACAAAGAGCAGAAUGUGCUGAUGAUUGACAAAGAGACUGUUCCGGUUGUCUGCAAAGAGACGACUGUUCCGGUUGUCUGCAAAGAGACGACUGUUCCGGUUGUCUGCAAAGAAACGAUUGUUCCGGUGGCCAGCAAAGAGACGACAGUUCCGGUUAGCUGCAAAGAAACGACUGUUCCGGUGGCCAGCAAAGAGAUGACUGUUCUGAUUAGCUGCAAAGAAACAUUUUUUCCGGUGGCCAGCAAAGAAACGACUGUUCCAGUGGCCAGCAAAGAAACGACGGUUCCAGUGACCAGCAAAGAGACGACUGUUCCGGUUAGCUGCAAAGAAAUGCCUGUUCCAGUGGUCAGCGAAGAGACGACUGUUCCGGUUAGCUGCAAAGACAUGCCUGUUCCGGUGGCCAGCAAAGAGUGGAAUGGGACACCCAAUAAGCAGUAUUAUGAAGUUCACCUCACUUUGGCUAAACCCAAGCCUGUGAAGAACAGAACAGCAAGACCGUUUGGAACCCAGUCAUCAGUUACAACAAGCCAACCACCAGAGAAAAGCCCUGGGGCAGAACUUCCUCCACCCCCCACCUAUGCAGAGACCUUGUUCAGUCCUCCUCCAGUUACUAGGGUCAGGUCACCUCCGGCAUAUUCAGCCUUGUAUCCUAGUGCAGAACAGAAGCCUCUCAUUCUGCAAGAGCCUCCGCAUGGAGAAAGCAAAUCAACACCCCUGAAUAAAUCAGGAAUAUUAGAGGAGUCUGUGGCCCGGAGAGCACCUAAAAAACCCAUGUUCACCUUUGUUGAAAAGCCAAAGGUGGCUCCUAACCCAGACCUUUUGAAUUUAGUGCAGAGAGCGGAUAUAAGGAGGAAGCAGAAGGGGCAAGGAGAACCAGUCCCCGAGGAAGAACCAUUUGCGCUGGGGGCGGAAGCUUCCAACUUCCAGCAUCCGAAUGCACUGAAAGGUGGGCCUCACCUAGGCUCUGCAGACAAUGCCCCGGAGUGGUCUUCCUGCCUGAAGUCCCCACGCAUCCAGCCCAAGCCGCAAGUGAAACCCAAUCAAAACCUAGCCGAGGCGAAAGGGAAAGGAGCGGAACUGUUUGCCAGACGGCAGUCGCGGAUGGAGAAGUAUGUCAUCGAGUCCCCGGCCCAUCCCGACUGGGCCAGGUCACCGUCACCCACCAUGUCUCUGCCACCCUCCUGGAAGUACGAUUCCAAUGUUCAUGUGACACCCGUGGCCUUCAAACACUCACCCAAGAGCCCAGCCCGGUCAGCAAAAACUCCCCCAGCGUCUUUGUACAACAGCAGCAUGGCGGAGAGCGAGCUUUCCCGGAAGGAGCUGGAAAUCGCAAAGCAGCAGCCGUACCAGCUCCAGUCCUCUCUGUUCAUCCUGUCCCCAGCUAAAGAACCGCCGCGGCUGUUGCCAAGGGGGCCACCACCGCCACAGCCCGCCUUUCCCAACCCUCAUUCAUACACGAGACACACCUCUUGCCCAACCUCUCCCUUGACGCCGACCCCCGAUUUGCGUUCUCCGGCUCUGUCAACUUCCAGCCGGCCAGCAGCUGGUCCUCUUUCUCCAUCCACCGGGACUGUGCUGAUUGCCCAAGACAGCCGAACAAGCGCUCCCUUUGCAUCCCCUUCCAGGGUGUUGUCACCAAGAGCCAAAGGCGUCUUCCAAGCUCCCAGGCCUUCUUAUUCCACCCGGAAUGCAGGCAUUGAACCCCAGGAAAGAAGAGUGUCCCUGCCUGCCUCCCUGCCCUGGACCCCGCGCCUGGGGCCCCGCCCGAGCCCCUUGGACGGGUGGUUGAGCCCAGCCCUGACGCCAGAGCCCGAGGAAGGGCCCGUGGAGGCCUGGCCAGCAGCCGGUGUGAGGAGCCCCCCUCCUCCCAUGUCGCCAUCCUGGAGCGAGCGGUCCCUCUCCCCGCUGCGGCAGGAGCCAGAGCCCAAGGCCAGCCGGCAGAUGCAGGCCCGGCUCGCCAGGAACAUCAUCAAUGCGGCCAGGAGGAAAAGCUCCUCCCCCAAAGCUCUGGGGACGGACGGUGUCCGGCCAUUCACGCCCCCCGCCGGCCCUGGAGCCUCGCCUGCCAGCGCAUCCCCAGGCAGUGGCCCUAGAACCCUGGACAACCAUUCGCCGAGUCCACAGUCUCCACGAGCUUUGAGGCCAGAUGGACACAGACCCGCGAGCGCCGGGACACCACAGUUCAACGCCUCCUGCAUCAGCCCGAGGGCCCUGGGCAGCCACUCCCCAACCUACAGUAGCCCCCUGCAGUCACCACGAGCAGCCAGGCCGGACGGGCACAGGUCUUUCACCUUACCCGCAAACGCCCGGGUACCACUAUUCAACGCCGCAGCUGGCAGCAGCCCCGGAAUGCCAGGCAGUCCCUCUCCAACCUGCCGGCACCCAGAGCUCUCUCCAAAAGCCACGUGGACGGAUGGCCACAGGAGUCUCAUGUCACCUCCUGGCACAGGGGUGCUUCCUGCCAACACGUCCUCUUGCACCAGUCCCCGGAGCCUGGGGUCCUCCUCACCCACCUUCAUGCGCCCAGUGCAGUCGCCCACGGGAGGAGCAAGGUACCCCGUGAAGCGUUACACCUCCCGGUCCCCCACGGACUCCGAUGUGUCCAUCGACUCGGAAGACUCCGGGGCCAAGUCUCCUGGGAUCCGCAGCUUUAACAUCUGCCCCCGGGGCUGGAACGGAAGCAUGCGGCUGAAACCCGGGCGCCUGCCCUCGGAAGCGUCUUGCACCUCCUAGGCCAGGAGGAGUCCAGAGAACUGAGCAAGAACGGGACUGGAGCCGGCUGAACUGCCUGGACCGACCAGCACCUGGCCGUGCCGACCAAGCUAAGCGGCGGGGGGAGGAUGCUGGGGGCUGUGGGAAGGGAUGAGAGCAAGUCCCUCCCUCCCCCCACCUCCAGGGCACCUCUCCCCAAAAGGCUUAGAACGGGGCAGGGGGCUUAGUCAAAAGGCAGUGCACCUGAUGGACGGGACCUUGCGGACGCCAGGUUGGGCUGCGACAGCCAAGCCACAAGACGGUGCCUGCUGGCUUGACUGGAUCCAGACGCCCCCAACCCCUCACCGGAGCCACCAUGGAGCCCCAUUCCUCCCUGUGUUCCGCUUUCCCAGACUGAUCCCCCGGCUGGACUGCAGCCAGCAAUGACGUCUUGGCUCCAGUGGCAUGAGCAAGCCUGGCAUUGCUUUUGUUCCCGGGACGUGCCCAGCGCGAAGGGGACUCAGACGGCAAGCAGGCAGCCCUGAGACUGUCCUUCCGGCCGCGUAAUCCCCAGAGCAAGAUGGCGAGUGGCCGGAGGGGGCUUGGGAGGCCACCAGCCAUGGGCUUUCCAGCUUGCUGCCUCUGAAUCCCAUUGUUCCCUUUGUGCGCCUUGCAGAGGCCACGGAUCAGGCCUGCUUCCAGCCACCCGGGGGGAAGGGUGUGUGGGGGGGGAAGAGCUUGCAUGCACAGCGGCUACCUGUGCUGCCGGGC